UGCAUUUGCUACAGCUCAUGUUCACGGGGCAAUCUACCAGGAGAGAGGGCUGUUGACAGCAGAGGGACGGACAAUAAAAAAUAAGCAGGAAAUCCUCGACCUGCUCUCAGCCUUAUGGCUUCCUGCCAAGUUAGCCAUAAUCCACUGCCAGGGACACCAAAAAGCCAAUGACCUGGUAGCUAAAGGCAACCAAAAGGCUGACGAGGCUGCAAAGGCAGUAGCCCUUACCUCGGUCCCUACCAUGGCCUUACAACUACCAGACCCAGGGGACCCAGUCCUACCAGACCAGCCCAAGUACUCCCAGGAGGAGUUGCAACGUAUCAAAAAGCUCCCUAAAGCCCAGGAAAUAAAGGGAUGGUGGCAUACACCAGAAGGAGAACUUAUACUGCCGGACUGGCUCGGGGACACGAUAUUAAAACAUAUGCACCAAUCCACUCACCUGGGAGCCCGGAAAAUGAAGGACUUAAUCCAACAUGCUAGGAUCAAAAUUCACCAGCAGAAUACCAAGAUAGACCAGGUUGUGUCAGCCUGCAAGACCUGUCAACUCACAAACGCAAGGGUUGGAUCAAAUAAAGAAGGAACCAGGCUCAGAGGCACCAAACCUGGAGCACAAUGGGAGGUCGACUUCACUGAAAUUAAACCAGGGAAGUAUGGUUAUAAAUAUCUUUUAGUAUUUAUAGAUACCUUCUCUGGCUGGGUAGAAGCAUACCCAACCAAGCGUGAAACAGCUCAGACGGUGGCCAAGAAGCUGCUGGAAGACAUCUUACCCAGAGGGCUCCAGAGGGCACACGAGGACAUUUGGCCACGCCUUCGCGCCAUCUAUGAGACCAGCCCAAUUCCAACUCCUCAUCAACACAGACCAGGAGAUUGGGUCUACGUCAAAAGGCAUCAUCAAGAAACUCUUGAGCCACGUUGGAAGGGUCCCUACACUGUGGUGCUAACGACCCCCACUGCUCUCAAGGUAGACGGCGUCGCGACCUGGAUCCAUCACACUCACGUCCGGUCAGCGGACCCAUCCACGGUCCAAAAAGACUUCAUCACCAAAUGGAACGUCGAAAGAGAUCAACGCAACCCACUGAAGCUCAAGCUACGGCGUGCUCCACCUGCCUGAUGCUGGUGACGUAACUCGCGAUCACUCCUGUCGCCAGGAGCCCCCACAAUAGACUUAGAUGAUGCCUGCAUCUGCAUGGACAUGACUCCAAAGAGACAGGGACAAUUUAUAAAAAAAUCGGGGAUAGACUUUAGUAUCACAUGUUUAAUAGCGGAAGAUUUGGCUGCCUGAAAGCGGCCAUGAUGCCAGUAUUAUGUUUCAUUGUAUUAAUAUGUUACAUUAACCUUUAAUUCUCUUGCAGGUUUGAAUGUAUAGUGGUUGUCCUAAAAAAAGAACUGUGCAGGAUGACCCCCGAAAGUAAGGAGUGCCUAGCUGCCAAGAGGGCAGGUGCCCAACUGAACAGGGAAUGGUGCCCAUCAGGUUUUGGUCACUGUUGAGAGACAGUUGACAGUUGACAGCCUGUGUACUGCUUGCAGGCCUGCAUGACCAUGCCCAUGUCAGGGGUAGUAAAGCUAGAAAAAGCCUGGUUAGAAUAAAAAUCUAAAGCAUGGUUAUGCAUGAAAAGAAAUUAGCAAAGAAAAUCAGAAAAUCUUAGAAUAAAUCAAUAUAUUUUUCUUCUUAUAUAAUUCCUCCGAAAUCUAGCAAUACAUCUCUUUGCAUAAAUUCAAUAAGACCAGUUUCUAAUAAUGGUUUUCAAUUACCGUUCUUGUU